UUUGAGGUGUUGACAAUCACCCGUUGAGUUAGAAGAAUAUCCGAAAUGGGCUCCAAUAUCUUCAUAAAAUUCGUUCGAACUUGGUUUCUUUAAUGUAAUUCGAUAUAAACUAUUGCGGCGUAACCCUUUUAAGCGAUUACUGCAAAAUAUCCUAUAUUUAUUUUUAGUUUUAUUUCCGUCUUCUCAGACUUGCGUAUAAUUUGUGGACAAGCUAACGGUAGCUAACUCGUUAACAUUUGGGAAAUGGCGGCGAACGCGGCACAACAAGCCCCGACUCCGAGCUGACCGUAUCAAGCAUUUGCGAGCUGAAAGCCGUUUAGUACUAAUUCAAGUGUUGAGGGCCCAGUCCAUGAGAACCCAGAAUGGGAAAAGGCCAGAAAAGCUCUAGCAUCUAUCAGUAAAAGUCAGAAGACUUCACCAACCAAUUGCACCACCCAACAGGCUGGCCAGUAUCAGACAACAGUUACAGACUCCUCUGCAAUGCCGACACCACAACAACAGCAGCAGCAGUACUAUCAACAGUGGUAUCAACAGAACCAGCAACAGUAUGCUGGUUACCCAUAUCCCUAUAACUACUACUACCCCAUGCCUCCGUACGGAGGAGCAUAUCCUCCAGGACAGUAUGGUGUUCCAGGGGCCUACCAGACACCCACAACUCCCACUGGACAGCCCCCUGCCAUGCCUAUGAUGGAUGAUCAGUCCUCCAAUUAUCCUUCCCAACCCCCCCCUCCUGCAGCCCCUCAGCCUCCACCCCAGAGCCCUACAUCCUCUGGACAGCCCCCACCCCCUCCGCCACCCACCAUACCUCCACCACCCAAUGCCCAGUACCCUCCACCACUGUCCCAGACCCCCUACAGCCCUAACGGAACCCUGCCAUACAGCCCCACUGAUUCAAACCCCAUGCAGGGCUACAAUCAAGGACCCAUUCGGCCAGGGUACCAGAGUUACCAGGGUCCAGGAUAUCAGCCCACUCAGCAGCAGGGUCCAGGACAAGGCCCGUAUGGAGGACCAGGCAGGGCGGAUUCCAAGAAACCUAACAAUAUGAACAAAGGUGGCCAGCAGCUGUGGCAACGCAUGAAACAGGCUCCUGGAACUGGUGCUGUCAAAUUUAAUAUACACAAGCAUCCAUAUGUCAUGGCCAAUCAAAAUUUCCCUCCAGGUGAACAGGCCCCUGGACUGCCUUCUGCUGCUGCCCCCACAUCGUCUGGGUCUACUACAUCUACCACUUCAGCUGGAAGUGCCCAGACUCGGCCUCAGGAUUGGCCACAGGCUAUGAAAGAGUAUGUGCAGCACUGCUUCACAGCCUGUGAAUCUGAAGAGGAUAAGGAUUGUACUGAAAAAGUGCUGAAAGAUCUGUUGCAGUCCAGACUACAGGAUGGCUCUGCUUAUACUAUUGACUGGACUAGAGAACCACUGCCAGAUCUCAAGCCAAAGCAGUCUCGCUGGGAAGUAGUUGUUCAAUGUGCAAAGGACAGUGGUGUAGGUAGAGGUGGAGCCACUCGAGGCAGGGGCGGGGCCAGGCUGGGCAACUAUAGGAAUGUAUUUUCUCAAAGAAGCCCCUCCUCCAGCUCCUCCCACUCAUCUUCGUCAAGAUCCCCCUCACCUCACAGCCGCCACAGAGACAGGAGUAGACAUAACCGCAGUGACUCUGGCUCUCAAUCAGACAGCAGCAUGUCAAGUGAUCCUCGACUACCGUUGUCCCGGCGGCAGCAAAAGGCUGGCGAGCGUGGGGCAGAUAGGGAGCGAGGUAGAGGAGCUGCAGGAGAGAGAGGCAGAGGAAGAGGCAAAGCAAACAGAGGGCGGAGGAAUAUGGAAGAUCCAAGCAGUGGUAUUGGUAAAAAGCGAAAAGGCGGUAAUGCAGGUCUGGACUUUCAUGACCCAAAUCGGGAAGCCAAGAAGCAGAGCCGUGCUUCACGCUUCCACACAAAACUCCGCACUGAGCCCCUUGUAUUAAACAUCAAUGUCUUUGACCUGCCCAACGGCACUCAGGAAGGACUCAGCUGGGAUGAUUGCCCCAUUGUCGGCACUUGCCAGGACAUCACUAAAAACUACUUGCGCCUCACCUGUGCUCCUGACCCAGCAACUGUCAGACCUGUACUUGUGUUGCGAAAGUCUCUGGUUGCGGUUAAAACUCAUUGGAAAACAAACCAGGAUUACUUGUACGCAUGUGAACAAAUGAAAUCAAUACGACAGGACCUCACUGUUCAAGGUGUGCGUACAGACUUUACAGUGGAGGUCUACGAGACGCAUGCUCGUAUCGCUCUGGAAAAGGGCGAUCACGAAGAGUUCAACCAGUGCCAGACCCAGCUGAAGGCAUUGUAUAAGGACUGCCCAUCAGACAAUGUGGGAGAGUUCACCGCCUACAGACUAAUCUACUACAUCUUUACUAAGAACUCUGGAGACCUUACAACUGAGCUCGUGUACCUGACCCCUGAGCUUCGUGCUGAUCCAUGUGUAGCUCAUGCUCUUGAGCUCCGUACAGCCUGGGCGCUUGGAAACUUCCACCGGUUCUUUAAACUGUAUCUGCAAGCUCCGCGUAUGGCUUCUUACCUUAUUGACAAGUUUGCAGAGCGUGAAAGGAUGUUGGCGCUGAGGGCCAUUCUUAAAACGUUCAGGCCCUCUGUGCCAGUGGAGUAUGUGGAGUCCAGCUUGGGCUUCUCAGAUUUAGACUCCUGUUUAGAAUUUCUAACUGGUCUUGGGGUUACACUCAUCCCCUCUGACCCUAGCAAAAUAGACUGUAAAGUCAGCUCAGCCUUUCUGUCCACCUCUUAGUAUUGGGAAAGGGGUAGGGCCAUGGAAUUUACAAUUAUAGAGCUUAAAUGUCCACAACCUAUUGAAGGACCAUAGAAAAGGGACCGGCUAUCUAUCUGCAUACACACACACACACACACACACACACACACACUUAUAAUAUAUAGCUACUUAUAUUUAUAAGAGAUCUCUGGUAUUUCUAACUCUUGUAGAGUAAAGGACUUUCUGAAAGAGAUGAACCAUUAACAAAUCCACAGUCACUAAGAUGCCAAUUCAAAACGUAGUAUAGCCUGUUCACACAGCCCAUUUAGUUAAGGAUUUGACAAACACAGACUUGCCAUUAUUAGUUUAAAGUUUAUCUCAUCAACAUGGGGCAAAGAUCUUAUGGAAUCAGCAAAGCCGUCAGAGAGUGAGGUUCAGACAGCCGGAAGGAAAUACUUAGGGUCUCCCACACAACAGACCUCAAAGCAUUUUCAAGCUAACAGUGUUCUGUGUUCUAACGUUUCUCUCCUCUCAAGCAAACAGCCACAAAGCUCAAGACCUGACAACAACAGCAAUAAGGAAAAAAGUUUGAAUAUGUGAGCCACUUUACACCAACAGCAUGCCAGCUCAUGAAGUCCUUAAGAAAACAAAGGCUACUGCUGCAAGAUGUCCGUUCCAGUAUAACCCAAGUUCACAUUGUCAUCUUUAAUGGACUUUGCCUAGUGAGCUUCCAGGCAAUCCUGUGAUUGGCAAGAGGAUGGUUUGUAUACCCUAUAUUUCACCUUGCCUAAGAUGUCUUCAUUAAGUCAGUGGAGUUUGAGGUACUCCGUUAGCUUCUACAUCCCUUCAGCUCUGUGAUCUUCAUGCCAAUAGCCCAUAAGAUUCAAACUGAAAUAUGUAACAAGAUGAUCACCUACAGAGAUGCAGAUAGGCCACAUUCCACACCAUCACUUGUCUUGUCUCCCUCCCACACAGUCUCCUACUGCACACGAUAUGUCAUCUCAACGCACGGUAUUGCGCGUCAACACUCAGGAAGCUGGGCUUCAUUAGUCAUAUUGCCCUUCUAAUCUCCUCCACAGAUGCAAGUGCAUCUCAAUGAAAUGGCUGCUGCCAGUCAGUGACUCACUACCAGCUUUGAUCUGAAUUGGCACAACUGCUUUAAAGUUAUCCUGGUCCACUUAGGGAAAUAUACCAGAGUUUGUCUACCAGCUAUCCACUGGAGAGUGUUCCCUCAUGCACAACCCAACAUAGAGGGUCCCUACACCCAUUAUGACGGCAGCCACACCAAGUUCAGUAAUUCUAAAGGAAAAACAAGAGCAGUUUCCCUCACAGCAAGUGUUCCCUUCAGAUGGUGAUCGCCACGCUAUGAGGGUAUUCUCUGUCCUUCUUGGGUUUGUAUGGCUGUGCAAGCUUAGUAUGUUUAUAAUACUGGUAAAAGGAUACUCCGCUUUUCUGCUGAGGUGUUAUCAAAGGUCCAGCAUUUUGUUCAAUAGUGUUAUGCUUAUUUAUUUAGCUACGUGUGCCAUUUUGAAAUAGGCCCUAAUGUUGAUUCCUGUUGCACUUCAGCAAGAUUGAAGUAUUAGCUACACCAAAAGAUCUAUACAAACAAAUUAAGAUCUAAUGGAUCUGCUUUUUAAGGGAUAUUACUGUGAUUCCAAAGUAAUUCUCAGAUUUAUACAGCAUAAUGGCCAUAAUUUUACAGUCUCGCUUGGAGAAACAUGGAUACACUAUAGAUAAAUAUUAUAGUCGGUGUACCAAUUGAAAGUCUUAUACUGAAAAUCGAAUGCUUCUUGGUCUGUAAUAGACUAAAAAAGAACUGCUCCCAUUGCAAAUAAGCAAGGGGCUUUUUAUCUUUUUUGGUGUUAAUGUAAAUUUAUAUAUUUAAUGUGGUAAUUUGACAUUUAGCCAGCAUGGAUAGGGCUUGGAACUGAAAUGAGUGCUUUAGCGAAAUGGUUGCUCAGGGCUGCUAAAAGAGCCAAUGAUUAGUUGGUAAAGUUUGUACAUGCUGUAUGUGGUAAUGUAAAUAAUGCGCAGGGUGAGAUUUAUUAUUUUCUCUUUAUAUAGUACUUUGCCCUUUUUUCUUUUGUUUUUUUAAUUUUUUGUACAAUGGUAAGUCAUUUUGAGCCAUACAGAAGUUUUGAUUGCCAUUUAAAAAAUAAAUAAAUGUAAUUUCUUGGGUGGGUGUGUGCACGCUUAAUGUAUGGUUUGGUGCAAACAAGUGAAAUUUAUUUUGAAAUGUGUAAUUCAUUCUUAAAUUUCUAAUUCAUAUGGACAAAACAUGAAAUAAGUUAGAAAGUAAAGCUCAUGCUGCUAUCAAAUAUAAACUCUUAAUGCAGUCAGGGAUUUCAUGAAUGAAUAAUAUGCCAAAUCUUUCCCUUGUUGGUCAUAGCGAAAAAGCACUGAUCGCUUUGGCUGUCAGUUUUAGUUCUUUGUUUGCUGAUUGUUCUCAUCACCUCCCUACCCAUUCUCUGUUUGUCAAUCUUAUCUUUUCAUCAUCCUCUCUUUCCCUCUUCAGCUUUUUCUUGCUAAAAGCGUGCUUUUUACAGAACCUUGGUCAUGUCUAAUGAAAGACACCUAAAAUAUCUGCAACAAGAGAAAGAUUUGGUUUCAUUACACCUUCUGCAGGUUUAUACCGUUUUAUUAUUUGGUCAAACAUGCAUUGAUCCUUUCUGCUGUAACUUUUCUUAACUGAUUUGUUGAUUUGAAGUCAAAUUAAUUCUGAAAUUCAUUGAAGUUGGGGCAACAGCGAAAGCUUCUCAAACAUAGUUAAGCUAUGUUUUUCCUUUGUUUCAGUUGUUCAUUUUGACUAUAUAUUUUAUUUGGAUGCUUGUAUUUGCUUGUACCUAGAUUAAUCACCAGAUGAGGAUAAAUACUGGUGAAUGUAAAUUACAUUGCCACACUGACUCUGUUCUCUCCUUCUCAACUGUCUGUUCCAACCCCUCCCAUCCCCUGUUCUCUCUCCUGUACUCCUCCAUUACCAGAUUCUCUUUCUCCUUGCAGUCAGGCACAAUCGGAGCAAAGCAAGAGAUUAAAAGAUGAGGGCAAAACUUGUCCAAAGACAUACUGGGAAAUGGGCAUUGAGGCAUCCAGACAUCUGCAUAUUGAGAUUCCUUAUGUUUGAUGAAUCUGAAUUUCACUAUGUAGUUUUGUUCAUCUGCUGUAUGUUCAGUGAUGUCUAAUGUCCAUUCUUGUUAAUGCGUUAUUUUUCUGUGCAUUAUUAGCUUAUAUAAUUUUCUCCUUUUAGUAUUUAUCAGCUUUUUUUUUUAUUUUCUGCUAGUUAUUGCUCUAUAGUUUUAGAUUGGGUUUUCUGUUUCAUGAUAUGGACUGAAUAGGUUUAACUGAUUUGAUAUAAGCUGUAGAAUGGCAUACUUAGACAUUCCUGGACAUAUAGGUAGUUCUAGCCCUAAUUGUACUUAUUGUUCCACACCAAAAUUAGAUCCCACUGCUGUGUUAAUGAAAUGGUGCCCAUAAUGCUCGUUUUAUUGCUUGAUUUUUUUGCCUUUUAAUACCAAUUGUUUUCCCAAGCAAGGUCAAUCAUCUAAAGUGAAUCCAGUAGUGCUUUUUUGUAUUUUAUUUUUUUUAUGGAUCUUUUAGAUUUUACUGUUAAACUGUUGUAUUUAAAGUGUAUUAUUUUCACAGCUACAUUACUAACAGCUCCAUCUGUCUCUUCAAAUAUUGUCUGUCCUCUAUAAUCCCUAAUUUCUUAAACUCUUUCUCACGCAUCAGGCUCUUUGCUUUUGUUUGUGGAUUUUGUUCUUCUGAUUUGCCUCUGUAAGUGAUGUUAUUUCUCUCUAGAUCAUUUGAACUUCUAUCCAUUCAUUGACUGCUUUUGCUUUCCUUCUCAUUUUACCUUUUUCUUAAGCCAUCUAUAUCUUCUAUACUUCUCUUUCUGCUUGCACAUCUCUCCAUUCUCUCUUCUGUGUACUGGGUUCUGUAAUGCAAUGUUGUUAUUUUUUUUUAUUUUUUUUAACAUGUGGUCAGUGCUUGGCUGUAAGUAUUUCCUGCAGGAUUGUGCUUGCAACAUUUUCUUUUACGGCUCAUCUUCAAACUCAAAGCUCUAAUAUCUCUGCCCUGAUUAAAGCUCCAAAUGUUGUACAUUUGGAGUUUACCUAGAAUGUACUGCCAUUUGUAGAUUCUGUAUAUAAUGUAUUAACUUUCUUAUCUUGAGGGGGAAAAAAUAAAGAAUUUAAACUAUG